UCGUGCUUCCUCACCUCCUACCAACCACUAGUGAUUCUAGUCGCAGCAGUCAUGUCUUUCAAACGACUCAAGGAUCAGACCAAAAAGAGCCUUUCCGGGCUGUAUUGUUCCAGCAAUGAUCACAUAUCUCAAACCCCGCAGAAAGCCUCUCCUGACGACGAAAGACACGAUAGGUUGACAUCUAAGAGCACUUCGCCGACCAAAGACAGUCCGUCCAGACGCACACGUCUACUAGGAUCGUUACGUAGCAUGGGCUCGCAUCGGGGUUUACGGUCCACUUGCAGCCAUUCGAAGCAAUUCCAACCAGACAACUCGCCGCUAGAAACAGAGAACCCGCGCACUCCAGUCAAGCCUGUGCCAUCGCUAGCUCUGGGCUUUGAGGUCUCUCCCCCAGACAAACCCAUGUUUGAAAAUCUAGCUCGCGAGGUCUCCCAACCUUCCAAUCGGGAGGUCCUUCACUCAUCACCCAUUACAAUGGCACACCGACAUGACGAAUCGUCUGAAAAGCCUGCUGCUCCAUCAUGUCUCUCUUCGUUUGUGGUUGGCCAUCCGCCAGAACCUCCUGCGCCUCUACAGUACGCCUUAACGCAGGGCCCGCAUGAGCCUACUCCAGCUAUAAGUGCUGCUGUUGAUGUCAACACGAUCAGCAAUAGCUGUGCGGUGGACCAGAGAGAAGUUGCAGCAGAUCCAAAUCCUACCCCCAUGCCUGGAACCAACCUCCCACUCGACGAAGUUGCAGCAUCGGAAGUUGUUUCUCAAAACCCUUCGGACUUGUCUCAGUACCAAGACUAUUUCAAUAUAGACUCGAAAGAACAUGCAUAUCCGGAUCAUCUUGACACUCCGAUACCCUCUGGCCCACCUGUCCCGGGUGAUCCUGGUUAUAAUGAGAUGAUAGCGAAGGCUCUUAUGCAAGAGCACACCGAACUGACAGUGUCACUAUCGGAAAUCUCACAUAUGCAGCAAAAGAACAAUGAUACUUCGGUAUCUCAUCAGUCUCCAUCAAACGGAUACUCUACGUACUUCAAACCUUCCAAGCCGCGAGGUUGUGCCGGCUCCAACAAACUCUCCGACGAUCUUUUGUAUGUCUUCUGGAACACCUCACCGGAGAGAAAUAAUCAGCCUCGAGCUAAAGUGUGGAGUUGUUACAAUGGUCCUACCAAAAGUAUUUGGUGCGAAACAAGAUCAACAUCAGCGGACAUAGUGACCUCCAAACACAAUGACCCAAAUGACUCGAUUGUCAGACAACGAGGGGGCGUCUUGGGGUUUCCAACUGACGGUGAAGAUAAUAUCAGUAAGACUACCAUACCUUCCACCCGACCAGAGUCCUCAUCUUCGGAGGAUGGCAAGGAGGAAUUAAGGGAUUUCGUUCGUUUGUAUGGUGGUGCGAUGUACCCCAACAAGAAAUCCGCGGAUGAGCACCCUGUCGACUUCAGCAGCGAAUUUCUAGCUCAGGAACACGCUGCGAUGGGAGACCUGGCUGAUAAUGAGACGAAGGCUGAGGUUGAGCUUGCCACCCGCAUCAUGAACAGAACACUUGGAGGUUGA